GCCGAGCGGGAGGAGCGGCGGGGCCGUUCUACGCGCCCCUCGGCGGAGCUCCUCCCGCUCGGUCGCCCGCCGGGCCCCCUCAGUGCCAGGCCCGGCAGCUCGGGGUUGGUUGUGGGCCUGUAGGACGCGAGCGGAUGUUCUUUUGGAAACAGCGACCCGUGUCGCUGCAUGCGUGUUUUGGUUACUAGGCUUCUGAGAGAAAAGGCACGAGCCGGUAACCCUGCUAAAGGGGCACAGUGAGAAGCGGGAAACUUUCUGAAAUGAAGGCGAUUAGCGCGGUCCUUCUCCACGGGGGUUCACCAGUCAUGGCAAGAAGGGCCUUGAAACUUGCCUCGCUGGCAGCAGCUGCUUCUGGCAUCUAUCUGUAUGGCAACAAGUUCAUGGAUCCCAAUGAUUUUGGAGUUGUUCGUGUGGGCCGAGCCAUUGCCACAACGGCAGUUAUCACCUAUGACUACCUCACCUCCCUUCGCAAUGUCCCAUAUGGAUCAGAGGAAUAUGACUUCCUCAAAUCACAGGUGCACCUGCGCUCUGCUGAGCGCCUCCGAGAGCUGUGCUGUGCCAACCGAGGCACCUUCAUCAAGGUGGGCCAGCACCUGGGGGCACUUGACUACCUGCUGCCGGAGGAGUACACCCGCACGCUCAAGGUGCUGCACAGCCAGGCCCCACAGAGCACCAGGCAAGAGAUCGAGCAAGUCAUCCGUGAGGAUCUGGGCAAAGAGGUAAAAGAACUCUUUGUGAGUUUUGAGGACACACCUUUGGGAGCAGCAUCACUAGCCCAGGUGCACAAGGCAGUGCUGCAGGACGGGAGAACGGUGGCAGUAAAAAUCCAGCACCCAAAGGUCCAAGCUCAGAGCUCCAAGGAUAUUUUCCUCAUGGAGGUUCUUCUCUUGAUUGUGAAGCACAUCUUUCCAGAUUUUGAGUUCAUGUGGCUGGUGGAAGAAGCAAAAAAGAAUCUGCCUUUGGAAUUGGAUUUCCUCAAUGAGGGCAGAAAUGCUGAAAGAGUUGCUCAGAUGCUCAAGAACUUUGACUUCCUGAAGGUCCCCAGAAUCUAUUGGGAGCUCUCAACAAGGCGUGUUCUUCUCAUGGAAUUCAUGGAAGGGGGACAGGUGAACGACAAGGCAUACAUGGAGAAGAAUGGCAUUGAUGUCAAUGAGAUCUCUCGCAACCUGGGAAAACUCUACAGUGAAAUGAUCUUUGUGAAUGGCUUUGUCCACUGCGACCCACACCCAGGCAACGUGCUGGUGAAGAAGUGUCCAGACUCUGGCAAGGCCUACAUUAUUCUCCUGGACCAUGGGCUCUACCAGGUGCUGAGCGAGUCAUUCCGUAUGGACUACUGCCGCCUUUGGCAGGCCCUUAUCAAGGCUGACAUGAAGAGGGUGCAGAAGUACAGCCGGCGGCUCGGGGCAGGGGAUUUGUACCCUCUCUUUGCCUGCAUGCUCACCGCCAGGUCCUGGGAGUCUGUCAACAGGGGAAUUGACCAGUCACCAGUCUCAGCCAGUGAGGAUGUGGAGAUCCGGUCCAAUGCUGCUGCUUACCUACCCCAGAUCACCCAGCUCCUCAACAGUGUCCCCCGCCAGAUGCUGCUGCUGCUGAAGACCAAUGACUUAUUAAGGGGAAUUGAGUCAGCUCUGCAUACACGGGCCAGUGCCAGUUCCUUCCUCAACAUGUCUCGCUGCUGCAUCAGAGCCGUGUCUACGUAUCAGAGGAGCAAAAGUCACUCAAUUUUCAGGAGGAUCCACAUCUCACUCACAGAAGCACUGAGUCUAUGGCAGAUCAACUUGUAUGAACUCUUUCUGUGGCUGAAAGGGUCUGGUCUGGGAAACUGGGUCAUUGCUUUCCUGAGCCGGAUGCACCAUUCCACAUAACUGACAUGAACUGAUGGGAGAGGCUCAAGUGUUCCCGCCCUCACUUCUACUCUCCAUGGCACAUUUGCAUUUAUGAUUUUUUCUGUCUGUUCUGUGGGCUAUUCUUGGGUCUUGCUCCUUGUUACAUGCUGCACUGUCCUUGCUUGUUACAACACAGCUUUCUCUGUGGCAGCAAGAUUGUGGAGUAGGUAUGAGGGUUCUGCUGCUUUAUAGUUUAGGAAAGGAAGGUGUGGUAUACUGUGUGUCAGGAAAGGCAUAUUACUUUCUGUCCCCAUUUGAACUGGGGAAAUUCUACACACAUUCCAGUGGUACUGCACUGGAAGCAAAAGACUUUUCUAGUCUCUUUCUUAAACAAUCUUACAAAAUUUAAAAAAAUCACUGCCCUGCCUAGAAUACCCCCAAACCCCAUCCCUUUAAAUUCCAAUAUGAUGUAUUUUAGCUAUUGCAGAGUCUCCCUAGUCUAACAUCUGCUCAAAUGUGCAGAGAGUUUCUCAGAGAGAAGUGAGACCUUGUGGAGAGCUGGCAUUAUGGCUUCUACUUCCAGCACUAGGGCACCCUAAUGGUGAGAACAGUGGACUGGAACCCUGGCUUCCUGAGGUUCAUCUCUUCUGUUGUCAGCAAGUGCCUAUGUGGUUUUGGACUUUUUCAGUCCUGUUUCCUUGCAGUUGUAAUGAAGGAGACAGUGGUCCUAUGGUUUGUGGUUUUUAUUUUUCUUUUUUCAAAAAUCAGGGAUAGCAAGAGGAAGGACAACUCAGGGCUCUGAAGCUGCUGGUAAUGUAUGUGUACUGUACAGAUGCUGCCACACAGCCAAAAUAAAUGUGUUGCAUCAAAGACAUUUGUAGGAAGGAUGCCAAGCGCUGUACUCAGGGUGAUAUUGUGACCUCUAACCUCAAACCUGUCUCCAGGGGGAGUGAGUGAUGCAAGGCAGUGCUUGUUAACUGCGAGGUGAAUGAAAUACCAUCUUGGUCCUUCCUCUGCUCAACCAGUUUGUUCCACAUCCAGAUCCUCUGCUGUUGCAUCAAGUGUGUUGGGAUGGAGUGGAGGAGUGGUUACCAUCCCCCUGGUAGGACACACCACUCCUGGCCAGCCAGAUCCAUGCCAUGCCUGCCUCCUCCCUGUCUGCAGAAGUUUGCUGCAGCACAUCUGUGAGAUGUCACCAUCCCCAUGCUGUGCAUUGAGCAUUUUGCCUUGUCACUGCCUGUGACAUUUCACUGCUCUUGCCUCAGAUGAAAACCUGCCACUUGCUCGGUGGUGCAAGUGACAGAUCUGAUGACUCUCACGGCAACUGUGGGAUGGUUACCAAGAAGUCUUGCCCAGUGGUAUCUCUUUUGCUGAUCGUAGGAGGUGACCCCGCUGUUUGUGAGGAUUCCUCUAGCCAGCAAGAUAAAGGUGGCUGCUGAAGUCAUUUCAGCUAUUUCAUCAGCUGUCUUGGUGAAAAAGGGGUUCCAUGCUGAGUAGCAAAGAUUGAAUGGGAAUGUUCCUCCGCUGCCACCAAGCUUGUUCAGGUUUGGCUGAGGUUCCCUGAAUCAUUAAGGCUGUGCCUGAGAGUAAGGCACAAAAAAGGCAUGUAGUCCUCCCAUCUUCAUACAGCUUCCCAGUUUGCACAGUUGUGAAACAUCACCUUGCAAUAUGUCCAUUUGCAUGUGAAGGGAAUCAUGGGGCAGAAGCGUGGGUAAGUACCUGUGUGAGUCCUCAGUGAACUGACUCUCUUACUGGCUGUGCAGAAGAGGGAAUGGAUUUAUUCACAAAAGGUACCUGACUGCAUGUGCACUUGGACAUAUUGAAUUAGUGACUGUGGAAAUGUGGCUUGCGACAGUGACCGCGUGUUUUUGGUCUCCUAUGCAGUCAAUUGCUUGAGCCUUCCCUAUGAUGGGGACAAGCAGGAGUGAUGUGCUUUCCCAUCUUUGCUAAGCACGAAAACAGAAAGCAAACUAAGACCAAAUGUCCUCACAAAGCUUGUCCCCCCACCUAUGCAGUGACAGGUCAGAGAUUCUCCCUGCUUCUGGGUUGUGUAAUAGCAUCAGGGAAUAGAGUGGAGGUGACUGCAAUGACGAGACUCCUGAGUCGACAUGAAGUCACAGGAAUCCCAAGGUAGUGAUCCUGCAGUCUGGAUGUGAGUAAACUGUCAUGUGAGCAGUCUUGCUGAAUCAGUACCUUUCUUGGGCAGUUAAAGCUGGUAGCCUGGCCACUGGGGGAUAUGCCUGUCUCAUUCUCUUCACAAGCAGAGCUAUGCUCAAAAAACUGGUCAAAUGCACUCAGUUACCUACUGUGCAGCCCCUUCUUUUAGCUGCCUCUGCAAAAACUGUUGCUUAGCCCUGUCUAGAUAUAAUGACCAGAGCACUGUUUGGAUCUCUCAAAGAUCUGUGAAAGCUCAUUCCUUAAUGGGAUCCUAGUCAUAUGACUCAUUUCCUGAGGAUCCUGCAGCUGAUAUCUGCACUGAUUGCUGAACCACAGCCUACUCCCAGCCAAGCCUGUUCUUUAAUCCCACCAAGACCCAGCUACACAACUGCUAACAAUGCUGCUUGAGGAAGGUGCGAGCUCUAAAAGUGGAAGGGUGUCAUCAGUCCCUCAGACUCAUUUUUGGCAGCAUGCAGCAGUCAGACAACAGGCUAUGUUUGAAAGAGCUUUGUCUAUUGACAUUAGUUUCUGCCGGGAGGCUGUUUGCGGCAGAAUUAGCAGUGGGACUCCUCAGUCAGUUUUGCUCAGCUCUCUCCCUUCCCACAGUCAAUCAAUGAGAGUUUGCCUGAGGAAAGAACAAGCAAACACCCAGCAUUUGACCCUUUAACAUUUUUGCUUUGUCUUUUUGCUGAAUGCUCUCAAAGGUGAAUCUGUUAAAAGGGUUUUGAAAAGACGCCUCCUCAUCCCAACUGUGCUUGUCGAACAUGGAUAACCUGCAUCAGUUCUGUGCACUUGGCUUCUCCCUCCAACCUGCAUUUAUUGGUGUUCUCACCGCCUGCAAAUUCAGUCUUUGCUGUUCUGCUUGCAAGUUGACACUCUGCCUGGGUUUAGCUGUGAAUGAACUGCUCUCUGCUUGGUGCAGGUAUUGAGCAUUUGCUUUAAAGCAGACUCCUGAACGCACAGACUUUCUCAGGACAGACAACUGGGGUGGUUAAGCUGAAGCCAGAGAUGCAAAACUAAUGUGCCACUUUCUGCUCCCAUGGUAUGAAAUACUGCAUUAUAGCUUGCUAAUGUCUCCCUUCCUAAUAGCUCUCGGUGCUCUCAGAGGUGCUGAGAAGGCAAAAAAGCCUUCCAACUGAUAUUUAAAUGUGCAUCACUGGGUUGGCUUAAGGUGGAAAAUGGGGGUAGUCAGUGAGAAUGAUGUUGCCUUGCAAAGCUGUGCAGGAGUUUAGGGUCGCAGGUGAACAGGUUUCUUUCAUAACCAAAUCAAAAAGUGAGAGAGCAUUAGUCCAAGCUAAACACCAGAGCUUUACCUAACAUGUCCAGUGAAUUUUAAUGACAAUGGGUUGGCUGCAUACAGAUGUACAGAUUUAGGCUGUGCUGUGCCAUCUGCCAUCUUGGAGGACUUGUGAACCUGGUGCAGUCACAGUGUAGAGGCUUUCCAAACAAGCCACCGUCUGCAUCUCAUAGCAAGUGAACUGCAACCAGCACUCAGCCUGGCCACCACUGAAGUUGAUUCCAAAUGGGGUUGUUAGGGCUACGUAACUCUUGGUAUGGUUCUUGCCUCUAGCCACUGCUUCUGUCCAUUUCCCCUCUACAACUGUCUCUGGAGGCAACAGCCACUCCACACUCACUGCCUCUUACUAUGCUACAUGUGGUCAACCUGCAAAGCCCAAAGGCUUUCUGCUUCUGGUUUGCUGAUCUUCAUGCGCUCCUGGCUGGGCAGGCAAUGGCCAUUCUGCCCCACUGCCUGCGAGAGGGACCAGCUCUGGCAGCUUCAUCGUGAGCCAUUAAUAGCUGUGCUGGCAGUCCUGCCAGGCUGCAGGCAGCUCUUUGGAGAGCAGCACGAGGUUCCGUGUGAUGCUGUGUGCUCCCAGCAGUUAAUGUUUCUAGCUCACAUUGGGAGCUUGAGGUUUGGAAGGGAGGAGACUUGAAGGAAGGAAAAAGGAAAAGGAAAAAUAAAGAUGUGCCAUCUUUCCCAUUUAGUUAGUAAAUACCCAAAACUGUUGUGUCUGUAAGCUGAUGCAUAAUCUUUAAAAGCUUCUGGUCUGCUCUACCUGCUUUUUGUUUUGCAGGUUGCCCAGACACAAGCAAAGUGAAGAGUUCCCCUCCCGCAACCCCGCAUGCCACUGCAGUGUGGUGUAAUGCUGAGGCACAGCCAUUUGCAGGCAUCUUUGAGCUUUUUUUUGGCUCUGUCUCUGUGGAGCUUUCAUGUGGCUGUUAUCCUCCCUCCUCCAUAUGAGACUGGGGGCUCUCCCGAGCUUUUUGUUCCAGCUGGUCAGCUAGCAGCUGUCACUUGCUGGGGAUGCAGGCUGGUGCAUUUGAAGCCCUCAGCUUGGGGCCUGUCUUGGCUCCCUGUGGUACAGAGCUGGGAGGCUUGGCAUGGUUCUGCAGUCCCUCUUGGCCACCUGGCUCUAGCUCCACCAACAUGCCUGCAGGCUGGGGACAUCCUUGUUAUUCCAGGCAUUUGCUCAGGACUGUGAAAGAGCUGGAGAGUGAGAGAGUGGCAUCAGUAAUUCAUGAAUUACCCUCCUGAGAAACAUUAUCCUUCCCAAACAUCAUGCAGGUGACAAUGAAAUUCCCUGACUUCUUACUUCAUGAAGAGUCACUAGAGCCUUUCUCCUGAAAAGAGAGACCAGCAAAGUCGUAGCCCUUCUGAAAAGGAGCAGGAGGGGGUUGUGGUGGACCCACAUAAGCAUGAGCUUGCAGUGUUUUCUUGUUUAUACUGGUGGAAGUCACAUCCUUGGUUAUAUCAGGAGCAUGGCUGGAUUGUUGUACUCUUCUGUUUGGUGCUGGUGAGUCCACACCUGAACCAUUGUUCCCCUUUUGAGUCUCUCAUGUCAAGAGGAUGUUGAUAAACUGGGCAGGGUCUGUUGGAGGGCUAUCAGCAUGGCCAGGACUUGCUUCCUACAGCCUGAGAAGGAGAUGGGCUUAUUAAGUCUGGCAAAAGUGAAGCAAAGGGAUGUCCUGAUAAUGGGUAACAACUGAGAAGAAGUUAGAGAGACAACAGAGCCAAAAUCAUCUUGGCAGUGCCAGAUAAUUUAAUGUGGGCCAAUGGCCACAAGUUAUGCCUUGGACAAUUGAACUGGAACCAAAGAGAAAGUUCCCCACCCUGGGCUUGUCUUUCCUCUGAAAUAAUGCCCAGGCCGGUGCUUGCCAGCCAUUCUGUUUGGUUUUGUUGCAGACUGGCUGUGAGUCUGGGUGCCCUGGCUUGAAGCCAGGCUGGGUUACUUACCUUGCAGCUUGAAUUGCCCAGCAUUUCUCAGUUCCUUCUUAGAUGAAACCCGCAUGUUUUGGUGAAUUCAUGUGAAGGUUCUGUGUGCUCCUCUCCAGGAUCCUGCUGGGAGCCCACUUACCCCAAGGCUGCCUGAAGCUUUAAAAUAGGAGUAAAUUCUGCUUGCAUCCAGAUGAAGUCUUCCUGAGUGGGCUGAAGGGAUGUUAAGUGACCUUUGUGUGGUGGGAAUCGGGGCCCAUGCUGGAAACACCCAUUGUUUCUUCAUUUGAGGGUGUUUGAGCCCCUUGCAGGAGCUGCAUACAACUGAGACCUUCCCUGCAUUUCCUUGGGAGGCUGCAGCCAGUUCUUGGAAGUGUAGUGAUCCAAGUCUCUGUCAUCUCCAGGAAUCAUUUCAGUGUGUUCAGCUAAGCUUGAAGGAUCUCUGAAAGUUGCAGCUCAAGCAAAAGGUGAUUCUGCACUUCUCUAUGUGGCUUCCACUAAACCUGUGACAUGUUCAGGAGCACCAGCCUCCUUCAGGAGCUUCAGUGAAGCUCAAAAUUAUGUUCUCAAAAGGGAGCUGCCUUUCUGAGUUGCCUUGUGUGACACAGAGAGCUUCCCUCUGCUUGGAGUUCUCCGUGACAAUUCAGAUCAGUGGCAGUGUCAGAUCACUGGCUGCAGUCUUUGCAUAGCUUCCCUCUUGACCCAACUUGCUGCAUUCCAGGUAUUCUCACUUUCAGUGUUCUGUUAAAAACUGUUCAUUGAACCAUUCAGCCUGCACAAUAUAGAGUAGGAAGGAGGAGGUUUUUUGUGUGUGUGUGUGUGUGUGUGCGUGCGCGCGCAUGCAUGCAAAAUGCAGGUUAGCUGCUAGUUUGCAGCCCUGCAGCUGUAGGUUUAGUGUGGAUGUAAGUGACCAAGCAAAUGUCUAUCCAGUGUGGUUGUCCCUGCAGGCUGUCUUCUGUGGUGUCUGUGGACUGCAGGUUCCUCUGGCCUCUCAGCUGACUGCCUCAUAAUGCCUCUGACUUUAAUAAACCAAUGACAGAAGAGGUUGCUAAAUGGUAGCUAAUAAAUAAAGUGACAUGCACUAAGUCUGGUAAUAUAAUAUUUCUCCUAAAGAAAAUAUGAAAAAUAGUAAUCACAGCCAUUGUUAUUACUAUCUUGUCCUUUGUCAGGCUUAAACUAUCCAUCAUGCUGAUAAGGCUGAAAGGAAUGCCCAGCAAUGUAAGAUGCAUACAUCACAGAAGAUGCACUGGAGAUGAGCAGUAGAAAGCUGCUCUGCAACAGAAUGUAUGGAAGGCUGAGCAGCAUGGUGGCAUGGGCUGGGGGUUUGCUUUGGUGUGUCAGCACACCUGGAACACACAGGUGUGAGCCGGGGCCGCGGGAGGAUUGUUUUAUGUGGUGAAGGGCCACAAGAAGCCACUGAUGGCUGUGCCUUGCAGUUUCCUGCUGUGGAGGCAGGCUGUGGGGCCAGGCAGGGUGCUGCAGUGGGUCCCUGCGGCCUACACAGAGGCCUUCCGGGAGGCAGGUGAAGCACUGGGCAGCCAUGCCUGAGGGCUCUGCCUGUCCUUGCAGCUGCAGAUCCUGCAGGCCAACACCUCUGGGACACCUGUCCCAUCCCCCAGGCAGUGACUGGGGCAAUUACCCAUCCACGGUGGUUAAUUAGUACUACUGGCCUCCCCACACGCACCGCUGGAGGUUCGCCCAAAAUGAGCUGUCAUGGGUGCCAUGAAGAGGUGAGUGCAGCCGCCAUUGUGAAUGCGCUUCUUGUUUGUCUUUUCAGUGCCGAAAUCCUGUCAGUGAGGAGAAGCGAUAAUAACAUGCUAUUAAGUUCUUUUUGGAUAAUGUAAUUCAGGAGUCAGGAGGCAGUUUGGUCAUUUAUGCCUUUGAAAAGCUCGGAAUAAUUUCCAGUGUCAUUAUCUUCCCUUUUAAAGAGCCCGUCUCAGACAUCAAUACACAGAGCCCCUCAGUGCCUCAUAUUGCUUCUGUAGUUUUCUCCCACCUUUUGUUCUUUUCUCUGAGUUUUCAAGGAUUUUGUUUUUGUUUCCAGUCAGCCACGUACCCUGAAACACGCACCACGCCCGACCUUUCUGGUUUCUGUAGCUCUUUUUCACUUUAUCUGCUUGAGAGCUGUUUUAUUUCACUGCUCCAGGCAAGGGAUGGGGAGUGGCUGCUACACAGUCCCACAUCACCACCCAGACCUCUGGGCAGUGGUGAGGGGUGGGCAUAGCAUCUUCAGCCUCACUGCCACAGCACGCGGGCAUGGCCUUGGCAGGUGAGUUGCGUGUAGGGCGUGAUGCAUCAUUACUUGCUUUGCUCAUGCUUUUGUCCACUGUGUGCUUCUGUGUAAGCGGUUAAUAGGCAUUUUUGCCCUGAAAUAGCCCCCAGGAUAAUGGAGUACAGCAGCUCCUCUGCAGAUGCAGCUUACACUGUGGGCAUGAAAACAGGCAGAUGUCUCCUAGUGAAUGCAGCAAAAAUUACUACCCAGAACUGGGGCAGGAAAAAAACCUGGCUCUUCUGCAUACGGAGGGCACAACUGAAGGGGAGAGUUUUAUUCAUUAAAUUAAUUGGCAGCAGUCUCUGAAAUAUCAGCCUUGGCCUUAAGAUUGCUUCUAGUCUUGGAAAGUAUCCUAGCUCUUCUGGUUUUAGAAGAUGGUAUACGACUCCUAUUUUCAGUGUGCUGGCACUGCUGAGGUUUCAGUGCAAAUGGGAGGGCUAAUGCCCUUCCAUGGGCUGCCUUUUCCUUUCCAAAGGGAAAUGUGUUCUCCCAAGCUGAGUAUGAAAGAUCUGCAGGGAUCUGAACUCAGUCAUAGACUUACAGAAUAUCCCAAGUUGGAAGGAACCUGUAUCGUUGAGUCCUCCAUCUUCUGAAGGAACUGGCUGGCACUCACAUACCAGCACAGCCUUUGCUGGAGUCAGGGUGUGACCUGGCAUGAGCUUAUUUGCAGAGAUGGUGUGGGAAGUCUUGCACAGGAAGCAGGAACACUAGCGACAACACAUGGCCUCAUUAGGGGGUUGGCUGAGCAUUGCUAGCAUGGAGUAUAAAGUUUCCUUGGGUGUGAAGAGGAAUGAGGAUGCUCUUUCCUUUAUGAGGGAUGAAUAGAUCUCUUAAAUAUUUGUGAUGGUCUUAGACUUUAAUUCACGGUUCAGUGCUAGUAUUACCAAGAAGGAAACCACGCAAGCAAAUGGUGUAUCAAAUACAUCUGAUCAUAGACAGCCAUGCAUUUCAUUUUGCCCAAAGAAUGUGGAGCAGAGACCUGCUGUUGGCCCAGCUGUGACAGGCUGUGCCAGCCUCCAUUGCCUUGUCCAAGUGACCCUGUCAGUAUGGAAGUAGAUGAAAUAGUUGCUGUAGCCUGGCACAUUCACCUGUCUUCUUCCAGCAGCGUGUUUGUGUGGACAAUGGUCAGAGAAGGACAGAGUGCUCAGAUCUAUGAAGAAAGGCUGAGUGAACUGGGUCUGUUCAGCCUUGAGAAAAGAAGGCUGAGAGGGGACCUGAUCCAGGACUAUAAAUAUCUAAGGUGUGGGGGGCAGAAUGGCGAGGCCGGACUCUUUUCAGUGGUGAGUGGAGACAGGACAAGGGGAAACGGCUGGAAACUGCAGCAUAGGAAGUUCCGCACAAAUGUGCGCAAGAACUUCUUUACAGUGAGGGUGAUGGAGCACUGGAACAGGCUGCCCAGGGAGGUGGUGGAGUCUCCUUCUCUGGAGAUGUUCAAGACCUGCCUGGAUGCCUACCUGUGCAACCUAUUGUAGGGAACCUGCUUUGGCAGGGGGGUUGGACUCGAUGAUCUCUGGAGGUCCCUUCCAACCCCUACAGUUCUGUGAUUCUGUGAUCUAAGAGAGAAUAUCACAGCCUGGAGAGCAAAGGGAAGCAAAGAAGAAAAUAAAAGCACAGGGAAAAAGUCAAGGGCUCUUGUUUGCUAGGAUAGUCAGAACAGGGCUGGUGUAUUAAAGCAGGAUGGACUCAGCCACCACCACUACCCUCCUUUAGUCAUUGAUUUCUUAUGUGUUCAGUGGAAAAGAGCUGCUUGGGAUAUCUUUGCAGCGGGACGUACGUUUCUGUGCAGCCUUUGCACAAAAAACCAUGCCACAUGGUUACGCCACUGAGAGCGUAGAAUGCUGUUUAAUAUCUCUCCCCAUUGCCUGUAUUGGAUUGGCAAUAAGAUGUGUUUAAACAACUAUUCUAUAUCUUACAGGUUCAAACAGCAAAUUCUGCUGGACACUAUACAUAGAGUCAGAAGAAUUUAACUUACAAAGAUAGCUCUGUAUUACUACUGCAUUCAUAUAAAGAUAUUUUUGAACUCCACACUACAUUACUCUAGGGAAGCCAUUCUGGGCUUCUCACCAAACUGCAUGUUGGACAGGGAAUGUUGUCCCUUUUGUAUGUAUCUUCAAGUGGGUCAAUGAGUAUAUUGGCCACUGUUACCAAAUCUGAAUGGAUUAUCUCUAGGCUCCUACCAGUGUGUUCAGUAUCUGUCUUUCCACAGAAAUUCCUUGAAAUGUAUGGAUUAAAAGCAUUACAAGUGCUGAGUAUUAUAGGUGUCUCAGUUGAAAACAUACAGCCAGUGUCGAGAGAGAGAGUAUGUUUAUAUUGUUAAGGCAUGUGCCAGUGAAUGAUCCCACUGCAUAUAGGCUUUCAAUUUAUGUUUCUUGUUUGGCUGUGGUAGCAUGUUAAGUGGCACAGAGGUUUUGGAAGGUUUGGGGCAGAGCAAUAAGCCCUAAGAGAAAGAGUCUUGUAAAGCACCUCUGUUCUACUUUGGUCUUUUAUUAAUAUAUUUCAGGGGAAAUCCAUUCCUGUUAUAGGCUGAGGUCUUCAGCAGAGCAAUAAGCCCUCUUCACCAUGAGCUCUAGGGCUGCAUAAAAAGAAAAAAUGUUUAGAAUAUUCCCAGGUGCAAAUUUUCUGGUUCUUUGCUGAAAGGACAUGCUGCAUGCCCUGAGCAUCUGCCAUUAUAUAGCCAAAGUGAUGUCUGAGUGGUGUAAAGUCAUUAAAACAUUAACACUACUUAUAAUUAAUAGCUACCAUUUCUAAAAUGAAACUGGACUCUUACUGGCCGUAUAAGACCAGUGCUCCAUCUAGUCCAGACUGCAGGCUCCAAAAGUAGUUCAUUCUAGUUGGUCCCAAGAAAAGUGAAAAGCCUUGUGAAUGGACAAAACUUAGUUGCCAGCUGGAGAAGUUUCCUUCUACUCCAUACUUCUGUUUGUAGCAAAUCCGAACUUUUAACAGGAAAGAUUGUGUUUCUUUUGUUAAUACACAUCAAUAUAUAUGUCCUUACGUAUAACGCUGCUGUGACUGUUUUCAGUGAUUACUGAGUACUUUGAAAUCUUUGUAAUUGGUACAGAGCAGUGACUAACCAAUUGACUGUGUCUACCUGGGCCUAGGCACCUCUUAUGACACAGAAGAGGCAAACACUGACUCAGAGUGGUCACCAGAAUGUCCUGUUCAGGCCCUCCUAGUCUUAUGAGUCACUUGGCUCACUCAUAUUGGCAGAUUAUCUUGGAUGCUUGAGUUAUGUGGGCUGGGGUUGAAUCACCGAGACCCCAUGAGACAUCUCCAUUCCAAAGAUAGGAUCAGUCACUCCAGUAAAGUGCAGAUAAACUCAAAAGAUGGCCUUUAAAACCAUGGUAAGUUAUUCUCCACCUUUAAUAUUUAAUCAGAACAAUGAGUGUUUUGUUUCCUUCCACCUAAAUUGAUGCAGCCUGUGACUGUUGCAGCACUGAACUGUAGUAUGAGUUUGUGUUACAAAGUAAGUUGGGACUUGGAGAGCCUUUCCUGUCACCUCCCAUGCCUUCCUCUGGGUUAUUUCUGGCUGCAGAAAGGCCUGUUGGAAAGCUGGAGAAAAGGCAUUGCUCGUUGUUGUGAGGAAAGAAAUAGCUUAAUAAGAGGAGCUGGUGGCUGUCAUCGCAUUUGGAGAAGGUGUCAAAAAGGCGAACAGCAAGGGAAUUCUUAACUGAAGAAUUUGGAGGACAUAGAGCAGAGGGCCUUGAGGUGGAGGCAAAUGGACAGAGAUGAUGGUGGAGGAUUCCUCCAUGGUAUAAAGUUUCAGUUUAGUUGUGAGGUGGAGAGGGGCUGGCUCAUUUCAUUGAUCACUGCUACCUGUGUGGACCUGCAGUGCUGAAGGAAUGUGAAGGCGGCCAGAAGGCAGGGUUUCAUGGGGAUGUCUGCAUCCCAGGCUGAAAGAAGACAAAAACAGGUAACUUUUGAUGUGAUUCAGAGAGUGGCUUUGUAGAUAUGCCACAAACCUGCCCUACAGGGGAUCCUCCUUAGGAUGAUGGGACAUUCCCUGUCUCCCCACUCUCUGCUCUCCUCUGAAGUUGCCUAUGGGGAGGACAACUUGGGGGAUGCAUGGCAGUGCCUUGCAAGACGCAUGCCCAUGCUUACCACACAAGCCAGUACUGACUACAUAUUUUUGUAGUAUAUACAUAAUGUGCAGUUUUCUUCUGCUUGCAAGAUUGCUCAGUGGAGUUUUGUUUGUUUGUUUUUCAAUAGGUAAAAUAUCACAAAAGAGCAGCAUUCUGGUUGUAAGCACCUGCUAAGAGAUCUCAAAACCCUGAUCCCAGCAAUCUCUGGGAUGCAGCGUGAUUCAGUGAUGUCUUUGGUGACAUUGCUAGUGACUAAAAGCUCUUUCCCAAGCAGCAGAAAGCUUAACCCUUGAUUUACAGCAAGGGCCAGUGUGUUAAUACCUGCAGUGUUUCAAUUUCGCUGCUUUCAAAGUGUAAUGCGUAUUAGUGAGGACUGAGUGUACUUCUUCCUGCUAGACUGAGGGGAAAAGAUUCAGAAGGGAUGCUAGAAGCUGCCCUCCCAUUGCAAGUGGGACAAAACACAGGGCCAGCCAACUUGCAGUCAUAAUAAUCUGGAGCUCAUUAAGCAUUCUAAUCAGGCAGAAAUAUAUUUUUCCAUCAGCUCAUUACAAACCAUAACGAGGUUGAAGCUCUGGGUUAUUGCUGCUGCUUCUUUCUCUGGAGAUGAGUGUCUGCUGAAGGCUUCAGUAUCUCCUUUACUAAGAUAUCUGCGUGAUGUGGGAAAGAAGAGAAAAGGGGCAGAGCCAGGAGCUGUGGGGCUGUGCCAAGGAGAAGGGUGGUUUUGCCUGGUGACCUGGAGGAAGGCAAGUGUUUCUUUGCUUCUCUGUCUGGCAAAACAUCAAGAGAAGUGUGGCUAGGGAAAGUCCUGCUCCCUGAGAUGGUGUUUGCUUUUGAACAUGAUAGCAUAUCUCUUAUUGGAAUUGCAAGUCUGAUGAAAAAUAUGUAAAGAGAGCUUCAUUCUGUCUUGGGCAUGGGCUGUUGUUUGGGGUGACGUGUGAUGGCAGUUGAGGACAGCCAGGAGAAAGUGAGAAGAGAGUAAA